AUGCGCGCAACGAGGCAGCGCAGUGCUGUUAUUAGCAAAGUGGAAAACAAGCCACCUUGGAGUAAAUGGUACCAACCUGGAUUAGAGGACGAUGCUGUCAUUUACGCCAGAGCCCUGCAGAAGUGCAAAGACAUUAACGAACAGCUAGUUGCGCAGCCUUGGUGGGACAGCGACAGCCAGUCACGACUGGUUGCAACCAAGGUCCUCGAGAGUGCUCCGAUACGGGUCAAGGAGCCAAGACAGUACGAUGCAGCUUGGGUGGAAAACCUUAUCACCAAGGAGAGCGAGAAGAUCAAAAACAAGCAGGUGUCUAAGCCGGAGCUGCUACAGAGAAUCGACGCUUCGGCGCAUGCCCUCAUCAAGGUUGCAACGCAAAUCAAGCCAAUUGUUGACAUAUUUAUUCCGCAGAGUCCUGAAUACUCCAUUCCUUAUGCUUGCCUCUGGAUUAUCUUCAAAGGCAUUUCUGACAGAAAAGAGAAAAUUGACUCGGUCCAAGGCCUUAUUGCCUCCUUGUCGCAGGAUAUUCCCAUCCUGGAAGUUUACAAAGACAUGUUUCCAACAAACGAAAUGAAACAAGCACUUACCGAGUUUUACAUACACACGCUAGACUUACUAUGGAGGCUUUCGAUGUACUAUUCUCACAACUAUUUCAAGCAACUCGCAGACGCUAUGCUUGCACGCGCCAAAUACAACUUCUCCACAUAUCUCGAGAAUGUCAAGAAAGUAGCAGCAAGGCUCAAAACACUAUGCGAAGCGGGGCAUAUUGCAGAGCAGAAACAUAUUGCUGAGAGCAUUGCGCAUCUGAAUUCAGGCAGGCAAUCCUCCCUUUUAGACUCUACAGCAAUCUGA